AUGGCAAAUGGUAAUGAUCAUGUCUUUGUCCAUCAGCAUCAGCAACAAGAGACGACUACAUUGUCGUCCUCACAACGAAUGAAUUUUGAACUAUUGCAAAACCAGCACCAACAACAUUCGUAUGAGGUGGUCUCCGAUAUCAUGUCGGAUGAAUCAUCAAUCAAUCUUCAUCAUCCUUCUACGCCCACUAUGAAUACAACAACCACGACGACGACGACGACCUUGAUAUCGGAACAGCAAUUACAACAGAGUAUUUUGCAAAAUACUCUCCCAACUUUAUCGUCUCUCGAAAUUAUGGAUCCAUCAUCAUCCAUACAUAAUCAACCACCACCACAAAUUACAACAAGCACCAAACGGAGAAUUAGUUUGGCCAGCACGAAAAGCACAGGUUCCAAUCUGUCGUCAUCGGCUCUUCGUCCAAAAACACCUCCAUCUUCUUCCAACAUGUCCAUUCAUCAUCACCCUCAGCAGAUCCUUGCUGCUGAUCCACAUGUGGAUGCAAUGACGACAUCCAUAACACCUAAAAGCCGACGACAAUCACUUUCAUUGCACUCCAAUGAAAUCAGACCAUUUCCAAGUUCCAAUCCGUUCAAUCUUUCUAAUCAUCAUCACAACCAUGACUCGACACAUAUUUCAAUAAUCAUUCAACAACCACCAGCUAGUUCAAAUUUAGAAAACAAUAAUAAUAUACCAACGACCUCUGUUGAAGAGCUUAAUGAGGAGAUUAUCAACAAUAAUCCAACUCAAGUUCCAAAAACACUACCAACUCACCCAACCAUUUAUCGUGAUUCUAGUGAAGGAUUUCUUUUUACACUCUACUCUGAAUUGAGUUAUUGGGCCAAAACGAUUGCUGUUGGGCAGAGGGACAAUGCACAUUCAAACAAUGAACAAUUCAUUAGAUCAAUACCAUAUCUUUCAGAAUACCCACAUCAUGAUAGCAUUCCAAAACAAUUACCGAACAGUCUAACUAAUUUUCAUCAUCUUUUCGACGAUGUGUUACAUGUAAUUUUAUCAUUUUUGGAUUGCAAAUCCAUUCUUCGCUUUUCCUUGACUGCCUCCUACUACUAUCAUAUCUGUCACUCUAACGCUGUGUGGGAUCAAUAUUUAUAUCUGGAAUGCUACAUUAAAUUUUCUAAAGUUUCACUACCUGAGCGAUUUGCAAAUUUGUACAAUGCCAAACCUGAGAGACGACGAGAAUUAUUGCAAAAUUUGGAUGCUCCUGAAAAUUCAGAUUUAAAUUUCCGUCAACAGCAAUUAUUGAAAGCAAUUGAUGCAUUUGCCACAUUUUAUCAACCUUCACAAGAAGAAACCUUGUACAACAAGUAUUUCGAACUUAAAAACGAGUAUGAACAAAAACUUCCUCAACCUAUCCCAAUUCCUCAAGUCAAUAACAUUGAAGCCUCAAUACCGCACAACGAAUUGACAGGUGCAGACGAUGUAUCAAUUAUGAACGACCAAGAGGAAAACUCUGAUGAAAUCCAAAGUGCAAUAGCUUAUGAUGAGGAUAUCAAUAUUUUCUUUGAAACCAUGAAUAGAGUAUUUAAUAGAGGUGAACCAGCCAAUUUGCAAAGUGUCACAAGUUUUAACACUUCUGCGUCAAGAAUUUUUCCACGCAAAAAUAGUACUGCCACAGCCGAUGAAAAUUUUAAUACUAGCUCCCUAAAGGAUGUUGUAGAAAGACGUUCUAAAGAACUAGGCAUAUUAAGUGGAGAGGAUGAUUUCAAAACAAUCAACAUUGAAGAAAGUAAUAAUAAUCCAAUACCAUCCAUGGAACUCAAAUCCAUUCCAAACAAGCACUUUAGUAUGACAUCAGAGCAACUUGAAAUUGAUGGUUCAUACAACAAUAAUGAAAAAGCGACAACUAAUGCUGAGGGACAUACAACAGGCUGGUUUGCACAACUCAAAGCGUCCAUAGCUCAACAAUAUCGUGAUUUUAAAGAAAAAGCUCCUAGUUAUCAAAGAAGAGGACAUACACCCCACGUACGAUACUCAAGGGUGCCGAUUGAUAAGCUCUACUCUUCAUAUUGCAUUUUCAGACAAGAGAAAAUUAGAAAUCCCAUUAUAAGAGGCAAGCUUUUGAAAUUAUAUGUCAACCAAAUCAAGAAAAGGUAUAGACCCAUUACAAGAUGGCUAAACCAUGUCAAGAUGAUUUCAUGGUUAUUCUUUAUGGCGUUCAUUGUUUUGUUAGCCUUAAAGCUGGAUUCAUACAUUGAUUGGCCAUGGUUUAUUUGCUUUGCACCAGCAGUUGGUAGUAGCGUCAUUGCUAUCAUUCUAACAGUUAUGUUAUGGAUUCCCACAAUUGGUUGGCCAAUAGUUCUCUAUCGAUGGGUCUCUGGAGAUUGUGUAGGAUUUUGGUCGUCUUAUGCAUAUUGUUUGAGCCCGAGAGGAAGAAUUAUUCAAUUAGUCGCUGGAAUAUUGCUGCCUUUAACACCGUGCUGUACAUUUUUUAUCUCUUUAUUUCCAGAAGUACCUCUCUAUUUACCGUGUGCUGUGGUUGCAGGAACGUGCUUGAUUUGGAUGUACACAUGCACUCAGAUUAUUUACAAAACUGGAAAGAGAGUGUAUCCAUAUGUAUUGUUUUUAGCAUGGUUGGGAUUAGGAAUGUUUUGUGGAGCAGUUGUAUUGAAAUUUGCCAUUCCGUUCUUUACUGCUAAUGUGAAAUGGUACAUUAUUUGCUGUCCUCUCUAUAUUGUGAUUAUUUUAAUUUUCAUCUACCAAAUCAAACUAUCGUUUGACCUUAGUGUUGCAUCAACAAAAGCAUGUGUUAGUCUAAUUUGGAGUUUGACAUUUAUUGCCUUUAUGUGUAUUGUUAUUUUGUCACUAGUUUUUGUCAUUUUACGAAUGGAUGAAGUUAUUUCUUGGUCCUAUACUAUUUCAUUCAUCCCAAUGUAUGUCAUUCUCCAAAUAGGACUUCUCUACUAUGGAAUACGUGCUUUCACAAACAAAUUAUCUCCAACAGUUCUCAAAAACCCAUUUUCGAUUUUUACAAACGGAAUGAAAAACAAUGCAGAUAUGGACACGUAUAUCUUAUAG